AAAUUAUCUUAUACGUUGAGUCAUUUCUAAGUUUUGUUCUGCUACAUUUAAAAUCGAUUUAUCGACAUUGUUAUUAUUUUGAAUUUUGUUAUUAUUUUCCCACUUACCAGAAUUCGGAAAACAUCCCGGAUCUUUCACCGCCGAAGUUUUUCAUCGGAAAGCUUGUGUAGAGAUGUCGAUGGGAAGCGACUCGACGUGGGUCGGGAAGAAGCCGAUCAGGCGUAUCGGUGGAUUAUCCGACGCUCUCUCCAUCGCCUCCGAUCUCGGUUACGCUGUCGCUCCUCCUCCGUCGCAGGAAGAAUUACAAAGCUUGGCGUCUUCUAAUGGCGAAAGAGGUGAUGAUUUGAUAAGGGUCUUGAGAGAGUUAUCUGCUGUUCAGAGGAAAAUUGCAGAUUUGCAGGUCGAGCUUCAAGGGAGGAAGGAUGAUAAAAAUGUGGCACAUUUGACUCAUGUGAGUGAGAUGCAGAAGAAAAUCGAGACUCUAUCAAGGAUUACUCAAAUAUUGAAAGAUGUUAUACAAAACAAGGAUCGCAUCAUUGCUCGUCUACAACAACCUUAUUCGCUAGAUUGCAUUCCAGUUGAAGCAGAAUAUCAGAAACAAUUUUCAGAGUUGCUAAUGAAAGCCGCCAGUGAUUAUGGCGCCUUAACAGCAUCAGUGUCUGAUUUUCAGUGGAGCCAAAACUUUAAAGAACCUCCUUCAGUCUGGGGGGAAAUGCUGCGUCCAAUACCGGUAGCACUAGCGUCAUGCACGAGAUUCUUUGAGGCAAUGUCUGCGAUGAGAGAAUCAUUCGCGACUCUUCAAGAUCUUCGUGUUGGUAACUCUGCAGCUUCUUUGCCAACAACACCAGGAGGUAACGAAAUGUCACAUAGAGACUCAGAUUGUGUGACUCCACCUCAAGGGAGAACAGAUUCUAGCUUCGACGACUUAGCUGUUCAGAACACCAGACGACAAAACCAUGAUCAGAAUGAUGCAGACGAAGAUGGUAAUAACCAUGAGAAUGGUCAAGCUGACCGGAGACUAUCUUGGCCUCCUUCGGUUAAGAAGAGUAGCGUUUAGUCAGGUGGUGUUGCUUUUGCUUGAGGUUUUAAAUAUUUGAUUGAGUUUUUGUUCUAUCAACAUUGGUGUCCUUUUAUGGAUUUUACUCUAUUUGAAAAUCUUUGAGAUAAAUUUGAAAUUAGAUAAACAAAAUGGUGUAUAUUAGUUCAACUUUGGUUAUCCAAUUGUAAUGUCUAAGCGAAUGUGUUAAGCUUUUUACAGUUUCUUUUGUGGAAAAAAAAUGGUGAGGUGCUGUUGAAUUUCUC